AUGACAGAACAACGGGAAAGAAUCCACUACCCUGGGCCUCAGUCAGUAAGAGUGGGUAAUAGACCUGAUAAUCGGAUUCCAAGGGAUCAGGCAUGUCAUGAAAAGAAGAAUCGGAGCCUCUCAAAAACCCUCAAGAUGAAGAAAGUAUUUUACAUGGGAACACUCAACAACAACAACACACUACUGAGGCCAGGUGCUAGCCAGCCAGCCAGCCAGCCCGCCCGUCGACGUGCAUCAGUCCAUCCAGCAGCGGUCCCUGCCAGCAGCGAGCAGCCAGCAGCCAGCAGGCAGCAGCCAGCAGACAGCAGCCAGCAGGCAGCAGCGAGCAGCCAGCAGCCAGCAGGCAGCAGCGAGCAGCCAGCAGCGAGCAGCCAGCAGCCCGCAGACAGCAGGCAGCAGCGAGCAGCCAGCAGCGAGCAGCCAGCAGCCAGCAGGCAGCAGCCAGCAGGCAGCAGCGAGCAGGCAGCAGCAAGCAGCCAGCAGCCAGCAGAGAGCAGUCAGCAGCCAGCAGACAGCAGGCAGCAGCGAGCAGCCAGCAGCCAGCAGCGAGCAGCCAGCAGGCAGCAGCCAGCAGCCAGCAGCCAGCAGCCAGCAGGCAGCAGCCAGCAGGCAGCAGCGAGCAGCCAGCAGCCAGCAGCGAGCAGCGAGCAGCCAGCAGCCAGCAGGCAGCAGGCAGCAGCCAGCAGGCAGCAGCGAGCAGUCAGCAGCCAGCAGCCAGCAGCGAGCAGCCAGCAGCGAGCAGCCAGCAGCCAGCAGCCAGCAGGCAGCAGCCAGCAGCCAGCAGCGAGCACCAGCAGCGAGCAGCCAGCAGCCAGCAGACAGCAGGCAGCAGCGAGCAGCCAGCAGCCAGCAGGCAGCAGCGAGCAGCCAGCAGCCAGCAGGCAGCAGGCAGCAGCCAGCAGCCAGCAGGCAGCAGCCAGCAGGCGGCAGCGAGCAGCCAGCAGUCAGCAGGCAGCAGGCAGCAGCCAGCAGCCAGCAACCAGCAGCGAGCAGCCAGCAGCCAGCAGGCAGCAACCAGCAGGCAGCAGCGAGCAGCCAGCAGCCAGCAGACAGCAGCCAGCAGACAGCAGCCAGCAGACAGCAGGCAGCAGCGAGCAGCCAGCAGCCAGCAGGCAGCAGCGAGCAGCCAGCAGCCAGCAGGCAGCAGGCAGCAGCCAGCAGCCAGCAGGCAGCAGCCAGCAGGCAGCAGCGAGCAGCCAGCAGCCAGCAGGCAGCAGCCAGCAGCCAGCAGCCAGCAGCCAGCAGCGAGCAGCCAGCAGCCAGCAGGCAGCAACCAGCAGGCAGCAGCCAGCAGGCAGCAGUGAGCAGCCAGCAGCGAGCAGCCAGCAGCGAGCAGCCAGCAGCCAGCAGACAGCAGGCAGCAGCGAGCAGCCAGCAGCCAGCAGGCAGCAGCGAGCAGCCAGCAGCCAGCAGCCAGCAGGCAGCAGCCAGCAGCCAGCAGGCAGCAGCCAGCAGGCAGCAGCGAGCAGCCAGCAGCCAGCAGCGAGCAGCCAGCAGCGAGCAGCGAGCAGCCGGCAGGCAGCAGCGAGCAGCCAGCAGCCAGCAGCCAGCAGCGAGCAGCCAGCAGCGAGCAGCCAGCAGCCAGCAGGC